UGCCUGGUAGACACAAACACCUUCUGCCAAAGAAAUGUGAAAAGAGUUGGGAGCGUGCCCUUUGGAGACUAACCUCCUAGUGGACAUCCAGGAGAUCGCGAGGUCUCUCCAGCCUCACCUCUGUACUUCAUCAUGAAAAGGAGGAAGCCCAAACUGAAGUGAGUUAAAAACGCUGUCUCCAAGAGAAGAUUCUGGCUUGGCCCUGAAUUGAGCACAAUGAAGAAGAGCAACAGGAAGUCUACCAUGAGGAUCAGUGAGCGAGAUGCCAUCUGCAUCCCACCCUCUCACAGUCCAAGAGAUCUCCAAAAUAUGUUGGAUGGAGGAGAGUAUGCCCCUUUUGUAUCUCCUCCCAUAUUAGAGGGCAAUUUCAUCCAGGUCAAUAGAAGAGGUGAAUCCAUUUACCUUCACAACCGAGCCAACUGGGUGGCUGUUGCCAUCUGCUCUUCCAGCCACACCCACAAGACCCCCAACGUGAUGCUGCUGGCACAUCUCACACCCACGGCCCAGAAAGACAGACCCCUGUUUGAGAGUCUCCUGAGAUCGUCUCCAGAGAAACUGGUGCUCACCAGGUUUCUCCCUCUGCAGUUUGUGACUCUGUCUGUGCACGAUGCCGAGAAAAUGCGCCUCAAAGUGAAGUUGGUGAGUGGCCGAGCCUACUACCUCCAGCUCUGCGCCCCCGCAUACAAACAGGACGCCUCGUUUUCUCAAUGGGUAGAGCUCAUCGCCCUCCUGAAUCAGGAGAAAGCCAAAGCUUCCAGAGUGUCGGAAGUCUCGAGCCUCUCGGAACUCACAAAUAGCACAGACAUCACGGGCUCGAUGGACAUCAUGGAUAUCGCAGAAUUCACAGCUGUACAGACUUCCCAUCCGUACACGUAUUCAGACCAUGUAUAUGGCAUGGAGAGCACUGAUUUCUCAGAAUUAACAGUCAUCACCGACGUCACGGAUGUCACGGAUGUUCCCGAACAGGAGGUCACUGAGGCCCCAGAUGUGAACAUUUUCACAGAAGUCACAGAAGUCACAGACCUCCAUGAUGGCACAAACAGCUCCGGGGUCAGAGUGGUAUUUGAAAAUGAUGACAUACUAAGGGCCAAGCAAGAGGAAAAGGAAAAACUGGAAAAAUGUCUGAAGCCUGGGUGCCUACGAGAUGCGAAGAGUAAGAAUGAGCUCAAAGAAUUCACAAAACACGUCACCAUCUCUAACGUAACACUGACUUUCGAAGGGGAAAGAUGUUUCCAAACUACCUUGACGCCGGUAGAAAGCGAGCCGCAUGCCUGCGAAGAGAUGAAUGACAGGACCUCGGAAAGAAGCACCACUCUCAAGGCUGAAGAAUCCAGGAGCAUGAGGACUGAUUCAAACAUUUCAGGAUUGUAUAGUUUUUCAAUUUUCCCUCUGAUUAGCAUUUCUUUCCCCUUUUUCACACUGCUCUGAAUCACUUCCUUUUCCCCUUUCACACUCUCUUACGCACCCUGAACCCUCUUUCCCCCAAGAAAAGCAAAGAUUCGUGGAAUCAUAAUCCCUCAUUGAAUUUAGACUGAGUGUAGACUAAAAUUGACUCAGUAAAUCUGAUUUCCACUCUAAGCAGACGCCCGAAUAAUGAGUGCUCCCACUGCAAUAAAACGAACCCCUGGUCCUAUUA